GCGGAGAGCUGGCUCCCAGAGUGCCUCGGGGGCGAGGUGCUGCCAGGUUGCGGAGGUGGGUCUGGCGAGCCUCCGGCUGUACUACUUGUGUGAGGACUUCGUCGUGCAAAAGCGGCGGCGAUGUGGCGCGGUUACGGGCGCCUGCUACUACGCUUCGGCUGCCUGCGUGGCAGCGUUUGGACUCGCGCCACGGCUCGCCGCCACCACUGGACCACCUGCAUCGACCCUUCCAUAGGACUCAAUGAAGAACAGAAAGAAUUUCAAAAAGUGGCUUUUGACUUUGCUGCCCGGGAGAUGGCGCCAAACAUGGCAGAGUGGGACCAAAAGGAACUAUUCCCUGUUGAAGUGAUGCGAAAGGCAGCCCGGCUAGGCUUUGGGGGAGUCUACGUUCGAACGGAUGUUGGUGGGUCUGGACUGUCACGACUGGAUACUUCUGUCAUCUUUGAAGCCUUGGCUACAGGCUGUACCAGCACCACAGCCUACAUAAGCAUCCACAACAUGUGUACCUGGAUGAUUGAUCGCUUUGGAACUGAGGAACAGAGGCACAAAUUUUGUCCACCACUUUGUACCAUGGAGAAGUUCGCCUCUUACUGCCUCACUGAACCAGGUAGUGGGAGUGAUGCUGCAUCUCUUUUGACCUCUGCUAAACGCCAAGGAGAUCAUUACAUCCUCAAUGGCUCUAAGGCCUUCAUCAGUGGAGGCGGUGAAGCAGACAUCUAUGUGGUCAUGUGCCGAACUGGAGGACCAGGCCCCAAAGGCAUCUCAUGCAUAGUUGUUGAGAAGGGGUCUCCUGGCCUUAGCUUUGGCAAGAAGGAGAAAAAGGUGGGGUGGAACUCCCAGCCAACCCGAGCUGUAAUCUUUGAAGACUGUGCUGUCCCUGUGGCCAACAGAAUUGGAAAUGAAGGACAGGGCUUCCUCAUUGCUAUGAAAGGACUGAACGGAGGGCGGAUCAAUGUUGCUUCCUGUUCCCUGGGGGCUGCUCAUGCUUCCAUCAUCCUCACGCGAGAUCAUCUCACUGUCCGCAAGCAGUUUGGAGCACCUUUGGCCAGUAACCAGUACCUGCAGUUCCAGUUGGCAGAUAUGGCAGCAAGGCUGGUGGCUUCCCGCCUGAUGGUCCGCACUGCAGCCGUGGCUCUGCAGGAGGAGAGGAAAGAUGCGGUGGUACUGUGCUCCAUGGCUAAGCUCUUUGCUACAGAGGAGUGCUUUGCUUCUUCCCACAAUCGAAGAGAUUCUUUUCUCCCUGAAGAUCUGCAACCAGGCAGUACAAAUGCACGGAGGCUAUGGCUAUCUGAAAGAGUACGCUGUUCAGCAGUACAUGCGGGACUCCAGGGUCCACCAAAUUCUAGAAGGUAGCAAUGAGGUGAUGAAGGUGCUGAUCUCUCGAAGCCUGCUUCAGGAGUAGCACCAUGCUUGAUAUGUGGACUCUUGGGUUUCAGUUGAAUCAUGGAGUGGAUUGAAGAGCUGAGCUCUUCCAAGGGAGACAGCAGAGCUGCACUGUGUUAGUGGCAGUAUUUGGUUCUCACAUUGACGCAGAGUUCUCAGUAGAACUAGAAGAGGUGCCCUGAUUAGAAAUGUCACAAGAAGACCUAUCACCUUAUUUGCCUAAUGCUGGAAAAGUAGCCAGUGACUAUUCAGAGCCAAAGUCUUGUCUUGGACCUUCAUUGCCUUGUCUGCAUUUUGUUGGUUCACUGGAUUCCUCAAGGGACCUGGGUACUUCCAUGGAGACUUUCCCUGGUUCUAGAGCAAAGGCGAGGGGAAAGAGAAUGCCCUCCUGUCUCAUGAUGACUGUGCAUGGUGUCAGUAUCUCUGGAAGGCACACCUCUGGAUGUAAAUCAUGAUGAAAUGAGUAUUUGGGGAAAUUUACGGGUAUGUCUCUGCUUCUGUACUAAUCAGACAUCAAGGGCUGAGAUUAUUUGGAAAUCAGAAUAUUUGAUGUUGCUUUUUCUUUCUGAGAAGCCUGUGGUCUAGGAAUGGUAACCAAGGUUUCUGUAAUCUUUCUUGAGAAUUACGUGUAUACUAAGUAUAUUUUCUAAGUUUGUUUCCGUUUUUUGGAGUUGCUUCUCUUUUAAAUAUUUUUGAUCACUACAUUAAUAAACAAAGUCUGCUACUUUC